AUGCGCGGGGCGUCACCAAAGCCAGAAGCUAGUAUCAUCGCCACGCCACCACGCAAGCGCGCCGUGCCACUUGACGGCAUACAUGCACGCAAUGUGCCUGAAUACAGCCGGGAAAAGCGCGUGAAAACGCCUCGUACCAAUGUAUUACAGGGAAGCGCGCACGGAUCGAACGAUGCGUACGCGAAUACUGGCUCACUCCCGCACACGCGAUCAACAACGACUCGCAUUGAUCGCUCUGCCCGUGUGAGCCAUGAAGAGCGCUACCAGCGCGAAAGACAAAAAGUGCAGUCUCAGAGACAGUGGAAGGUAGCUUUCGGGCGCGCCUUUCCCAAGUUUGUAUUUUAUUUGGAUGGAAUGGAUGAAGCACAGAGACGGACAUGUUCUUCGCAGAUUGUGCAACUUGGUGCGACUGUAGAAGAUUUUUUCUCCCGGAGUGUUACACAUGUCGUGACGACGCGCCCGAUACCCGUUGCGCGCGAUACUGUGAAAGAAAUCUCGCAGGAUCAUUCAUCGUGCAACCACAAACAGACCGGCAGCAGCGAACGUGGUCAAGGCAAUGAAGACACUUAUGGCAACGGUGGGGACAAAAGUGCUCACGAUGUGGGCGGUGCUUGUACUCACUCUGGGCGUCCAGGUAUUUCGCCACCGCGCAUUCUUAUGCCUGUACCCUUGGUGGGCGUGCCCUUGCAUUCCGAUCGGAAUCCUUUGGACGAGAGCACACCAUCGCUUCCAGCCAGUGAUCUCCUGUCGAAGGCCCAACAUUUUGGGAUGAAAAUUUGGCGGUCGGAAAAGCUCGAUAAUAUUUUGUCUCUGCUUCUCGCAGACGACGCGCCUCCUGGUGCAGGAAAUGCAGCUGGGCGACAGAACCUAUCCGACAUGUUACUACAAGAAAAGCUGCAUGGAACAACAGAGCGUGACCCGCUCGCUAUCCGCAGCGACGUGCACUACUUUGGUAAAAACUCGUACCAUGUUCUCGUGACAGAUGCAACGGGUGAGCAUCGUCCGAUUCUCAUGCAAGAGUACGACCGCCAUGCUCACGAAGCCGCCGGCAAACAUGCGCCAUGGCCAGAACUCCAUGGUGAUGUCGAGGGCCGAGGCUUGUUUGUGUAUGUGGAUCCAAAGGAGCGCAAACGAUUGGCUCAGCAUGCGCCUAUGCCCAAUCCUUCAUCACGCUCACUUCGACGCGCAGCUUCGCUUCAUUUGGCUCAUGUCCGGAAUUCACCUGCAGGUCCCGGCACACCAAAUCUUAUGGCUUCUGAUAACAGCAUGGCCCUCGCAUCAACUGUGGCAUCCACGACAUCCAUGUCCCUUACGUCGCAACAGACAACGAUGCAGUCCGCUCCAACGAGUGCUGACAAGCGUGUCUUGGAGUUGCAUCGCCGUCUUCAUACACCCGCUGAGCGUUCAAAUGAGUCACAUGGUGUUAUUAUCCAGCGAAUGCUUCAAGGUAUGCUAGAUGGGCGCGCCAGUACACAAAACGGUCAAGGUGGGCAGAUCGGCCAUUGCAGUGGCUUUGGCGAAGCCAUCUCUUUAGGUGACACAUCGACAGGCGCGCCAAUGGCGACGUUGCACCGGUCGCGCAGUCUUGGCAGUAUGACUCGCAAGUGUGUGUCACCUUCUCCGCGACGACGUGAAAAGAAGCCGGGGCAUUGUGAGAAUUGUCGAUGCCGCUUCGAUGAUUUUUAUGAGCACACACGCAGUCGGCGUCACCGGAACUUUGCACUGGAUGAAAGCAACUUUGUCAAUAUUGAUGAGCUGUUGCAGCGUGUGCAGCGGGAGCCUCUACCUAUGACCUCAAGCUGGGCCGACUAUGCUGGGACGCCACCGUCAGCUACCGUAUAUCAUGAUGAAGAAUGUGGUGGAAUAGUAACAGCCGAGACUCCUUCCUCAUACCCUUCGUUUGUUUGCAAUGAAUAA